AUGGCACCGGAAUCCUUCACCGGAGAUGAGAAGCCCACUUAUUUCCACUUCUACAUGCACGACGACUACGGCGGCGCGAACCCGAGCUCCGCCAAAGUCGUGUCGGGGCCUCCGGCGAUGGCGGGCGCGGGGCCGCGGUUCUUCGGCGACAUCGUGGUGCUGAACAACGCACUGACGGAGGGGCCGGAGGCGACGUCGCGGGCCGUGGGGAGGGCGCAGGGGUUCGCGGCGCGAGUGUCCAGGGACGGGACGGUGUCGGAGCUGGUGAUGACGGUGGUAUUCGAGGAGGAGGGUCCGCACAAGGGCAGCACCAUCACGGUGCUCGGCCUAGUGGAUCUCAGCCUGCCGGUGAGGGAGCUCCCUAUCGUCGGCGGCACGGGGGUGUUCCGUCUGGUGCGGGGGCAUGCCUUCACCAAGAGUCACGACUACAACCUCGACACCGGAGGGGCGGUGGAGAUGGAGUUCCACCUCAUACACAAUUAA